AUGCGACCGUUGUCUAGCGGAGGAGAAGCCCGCAUGGCCCCUUACCAGAGCCUCUCUCCGCCUCAUCGAUCCGCAUCGUAUUCACAACCGACCCCUCUCGAAGACUUUCGCAAGUCAAGACGAUGGCCACCCAAAGGAUACAGAUCGGAGGAUGCGCUAGAGCCCGAGCAGGCGGAUGAAUUGAUAUGUGCUGGAGCGUCAUCGUUCAAGGGGUAUUGCGAUGCGAUAGCGAACGCACCAGCGGGCUACGAUCGCUACUAUGCGGUCAUGGAGGCUGAGCAUCAGAGUCGAACGGACCGCGCAUCUUUCCAGCACGAGGCAUACAGGGACAUUUCGCUCAACAUGACAGGUGCAUCUGAUAGCCAGUUUCCAUGGCUGGCUCAUGAGUACCCUUGUAUGGCGUAUGCGUUUGGGAAGAGUGCAGGGACUACAACACUCAACUAUUGGGUCAGCAAGUGCGGAAGCAGUAAUCCUCCUAUGCAAUUUGCCAGCGAGGUAAAGCCGCGGAAGAUAAAGCUCCUCCAGAUUUUGGACCGGUUACAGAACCUAGAGAGUGGCCUCGAUGAAGAUGAUCCUGAGGAAUUGUACCGCUACCUAUACGGCACGCUCAUCGAAGAUUCGGAGCAAUUUGACGAGGAACGCCGUCACGUUCGGAUUGACCAGCAGAUUACAGAUUUAAUUACCGUGUUGAGCAAUCCCAAAUGGAUAGAUUUCUCGCACCCAAAGAAUCAGGUUGUAGCCAAGUUCUUUGAUGCUCCCGAUCAGCGCAAGAAGCAGGAGUUCUUUCACCAACUGCUACUCUCGGUGGAGCUCUACCUUCGGAUACACUCUAAGCACCAUUCGGAAAAGUCUAAGCGAAAGCUCAUUCUGCAGCUUCCAGCCAUCAUUACCUGGGACCUGGCGGUGGCCCAGCGGUGGCUCGAAAACAUGGAGAUUACAAAGACGCGGAUAUCAUCCACCCAGAGCACUUUCAGCUUCGAUCUGAGGAGCAAAAGCAGACAGAUUGAAGCAUUGAGAACUUUUGCGGCGACGCUAAAGUGGCCAAACAUGGAUGAGGUCGAGUAUGUCCUGGACGAACAGGACUUGAACGAGAAAGCGCUCGAGGAUCGGUCCGCAGACGCCAUGUCGUGGUUUUCAGGCAUUAUCCUGCCAGGCCGGACACUGCCCUGGCUUAUCAUGAACAGCUUAAUAGACUGUGACAGGGAUACUGGCGAUACUCUCAAGUAUCUGACCCAUAUGCAUCCAGCGUCCGGUUUCCAAUAUCGAGCAAACACGUACUGGUCAUCGCAGUCUAUCGUUGGCAAGGUACUAGGCGCUGCGCGAGGAGUCAAACAGAUUGCAGGUUGGAUUGGACCAUGCAUUUACACUCCCGAUCUCAAGCGGACGGAGUGUGUGAAGGUGAGACAACAAGAGUCCCCGGAUCCUAUGCUCGCCUCAAUCGAUGUAGAGUCUAUGGAUCAACGCACCAACCCCUUGGGCGCGCCAGACGACAGCUAUCCCGUGGACGACUACGAAGUUCCUAUGCCGGAUACGGAAGACGUGACAGAUCUCAUACGGAUGGAGAAGCUUCGCUUUAUGCCUGUUAAAGAGCGAUCAGAAGGGACCAGGCAUACUGCUGGUCCUCCAAUGGUCUUCGAUGCCGCUAUUUCGUUCGCGUGUGGUGGCGAGAGCUGGCCAAUGAAGCUACGGUACAACGUCGACUUCAUCAACGCCUUUCCUUGCCACCAAGGUCCUCAUGUACUAUUCUACGAUUUCAGCUACAAAGCCAUCAAGAUCGACGAAGGCCUCGUCGACAUCCAAGACUGGGGCCACCAAUCCGGUCGCACGCCCCGCCCCACCUCCUCCAAAUCCUCACCUGGCAAGAAGGCUCUGGCGCUAAUGAACGAGAAACAGAAGAGUGCUCACGAACAAGUUACGAAUGUGCUUGUUAUAGAGGCUCUGGGUGUUAGCGAUAAUGAGGUUUUCGCAAGAGCGUGGUGUGCACACCAUGGACACAGCGCUAUCGUCGCGAACAUCAAGGAGACGUCCGGUUGUAGCACACACCCAUUACCAAUUACCCGCUUGUUUUCCGUCUACGCCAUGGGCCGGUCAACGAUACCUCCGGCGCUCAACGAGCUCUCAAAUCCUAGUACACCCGAAGCACAGGUCACAGCGCUUCAGAAUCUCAAAAAUGAGAUAGUCGGGCAUGAGCAGAGGAAAGAACUGGCAGUGACACAUGGUGUUGUGAAACCACUGGCGGGUCUAUUACGGGCGGAGGCUAGGAAGGGCGGGAAGAGAAGGAGGAACGUCACAAAUGGACACGCCUCUGGGCUUUUCAACGAGUCGAGGAAGGGUAUGGAGGGAUGGACUACUGAGGAUGAGUUGAGGUUUCAGGCCACGCUCGUCGUUGGCAGCCUCGCGAAUGGCGGACCAACAUUUGUUGCCCCGCUUCUAGCAGGUCAUGUACUCCCUCCGCUUCUUGAAGCGCUGCGACCCAGCGAGACGCCCUCGAAACUCGUAACCACGACUCUCAAGACCCUUAACCAGGUUGUCGACGCCGUCCACCAGGAGAAGCCUUGGCUCGACGUGUCCGACUCAUCCUCACGGUCAUCUCUCGCUUUCGCUGUCAACGAGUCCAUAUAUACCAGAUCUGUCAUUGACAGCCUUGCUGAGAUACUCGCGCAACCGGCAGGGACGAUGAAGGCCAAUCAGCAGAUUGAGUCGACUAUCCGGCUCAUCAUGAAGACAUGUGUAGAGGACAAUCAGAAGAAGAUGCUGGUAGAUGCAGGAAUACUGGAUCUUCUCGCUGACAAGCUCGCUGCUGUCGCUGCCUUAGACGAUCGGAUCCCCGCAACAGAGUGGAAGCAGUCGAAUCGCGAGCAGCUUCCCCGUACCUGCUUGCCAGACAUUCUGGAGGCUGUCUCGGCCAUUAUCAAGGACUCGCACUUCUAUACCGCUCGUUUCCUCUACUCGCACUCAGUACAGCAGCUCUUCGGGUGGCCAAAGGAGCGCACAGCAGCAUUGGACGGAAGCAACACAUCACAAGCAGCAUCAUGGGACAAGCUAAUCCCGCGAGUGCAGACAAUGGCAAGCAAAUCAGAUCCGUACAUCAAGCAAUGGCCGGCUCUUGGUGCCUACGCCUCUAUCACUGGAGAUAGCUAUUCCCGUUUACCGAGCAUGGAGUCGCUGCAACAAACCUCAAGUAGAAGUGUCAUCACUGACGAGUUUGAGUCACCGCUAUUCAUAUGGCUCAUGUACGUGGCCCGUCGAGGCGAAGGUCGAGAACGUCUUUCUGCUUGUUGGCUACUAGCGUUGCUGAAGAAAUUUGGCGAACGAUGGCCUCUCAAUGACCCUUCCAAGACAACAAGGGAAAGGCACUUCUCGUAUCUGAUUAUCCCGUUGGUCGAAAAGAUGAUUGAGGACUCCAGUCCGACAUCAGAGCAAACCAAGAGGGCGAAUACCCUAAGUCCUGCAGCAAGAGACGAAUUGCGCUUUGUGUUGGAACGCUCACCAGUUGUGCUUGCUGAGCUCGUUGCUGGGAACAAGUCUCUUCAGACAGCGGCUGUUCAUGCUCGGACCCUACCGACGCUUAUUCAGAUUCUCAAGAAGUCGUUUGACGUACCUGCCACAUCCUCAAAGCCUCUAUGGCAACCACGGUCUUCAUCUAGCGAAGUAAAAGACCCAAGUAUUGACCCCGCAUCAUCGACACUAGGUAGAUCUGGACUUAGUGCGGACUUGUUGCAUGCGUUCAGGUACCGAGAGAGCGUUCUCCUGGCUCUGGCGGCAAUAGCAGGAGAUCAAGAUUCGUUGAGGAAGAUGGUCAUUGAAAUGGGCGCCGCAACGCACAUCAUUGAAGCUCUGGUUCCAUAUCGCGAAAACAACGAGCAAGGGAUAUCCUCUUCAGCAAAGGAUGGCAACCCUGAUUCAGUACUGAUUGCUGCCUGCAAAGUUACGCGAUCACUCUCAAGGUCCGUCAGUGUGCUCAGGACUAGCUUGAUCGAUCACGGUGUCGCCCAGCCGGUUUUCGAGCUUUUGACACAUCCCAACGUCAAGGUACAGAUUGCUGCUACCGAGGUGAUCACCAAUCUGGUGCUUGAUGUGUCACCAAUGCGAACUGAGAUCCUCGAAUCCGGGGUAUUGAGAACGUUGUGUGAGCAAUGUCGAUCAGCAAACUUUGACCUUCGUUUCGGCAGCCUUUGGGCGCUCAAGCACUUAUGCCUAGGGUUACCGCAUGCUAUGAAGAUACAAUGUCUCGAAGAGCUUGGUGUAGGCUGGCUGGUACAGGUACUCAAUGGGGAGCCAUCUAAGCCAGCCAUGGGAACACCCAACGCAGCAGGGGAACAAGUCGAUAUCCUCAACGCCGUUGACGAGCCUCAUAUGGACGUGGAUGACGAUCCAUCAUCAUCUGAUGACGAUGACGAUGAUGUCAUGACCGAGAGCAUAACAUCUAUGCGACGACACCAACGUCCUGGAUCUCGAUACACAAGUGCAACGAACAUCCGAGAUCGGUUACAGCAAAUUAAGAAUGAUGAACAGGACCAUCGGCUCAACGGUGAGCGUGACGACAUACGUAUACAAGAACAAGCGCUUGACUUCAUCCGUAACUUCGUCUCUGAAGACAAAGCCUCCGGUGAGAUGAUCGAUCAUCUCCUCAAGACGUUUGGCCACAGCCGGUUCUUUGAAAUCCUCGAUGCUAAGAUCCGACCAAAGAACUCUUCCUUAUUCGCGUCAUCAUCGCAAACCCAGGCCAGUCCUAGUGCUCCCAGCUACUGGCCAAACAGCAGCCACCGUACACCCUUUUCUCCUUCCACGAAUAACCCAGGGCAGACGAACUGGGCUACCUACCCUGCCACUGAACUCAUUCUUGCUACAGUAUAUAUCCUCGUACACCUUGCCAAUGGUCGACCUCAACACCGCUCCCUCCUCAUCUCACAGACUACGCUCAUGCAACAUGUUCUUCCUCUCUUCACACAUCCUCGUCGCGAUGUCCGUGUAGCUUGUUCAUGGAUGUUGCACAACCUCGUCUGGGUAGAAGAUCAUACCGACGAAGCUGCGACACGUGAACGCGCUAUCAGUCUCCGCCAAUUGGGUUUCGAGGAAGGCGCCAAGCAGCUGGGACGUGACGUGGACACCGAUGUCAAGCAACGUGCUAUUGUAAGUAUUGAGCAAUUUGACAAGUUGCUCAACGGUGGUAAUAGUCAUGUACGGGGUAGUGGCUUCGGCAGCCCCGGCGGAUUCGGUAGUGGAGAGGGUGGUGUUAGUGGACUUGCAGGUAUGGGUGGGCGCUUGUCAGCAAUGCAUGGUUGGAGACAUGAUUCUAGGGGUUGA